UUAGAGCUUUUCUCAGGAAGCAAAAUCACUUCCGGGGUGUGCUGAUAGACAAAUUUGACUGUUGUUAUAAAAAUGUCGAAAACAGUAGCGUCAACUAAGUUUAGAAAGGUUAAUGUAGAUGAAUAUGAUCCAGAAAAGUUCGCUGACGACACUCCAGAUGGUGAGGAGCAGGGGCCAAAUGAAGCAGAAGUGAACAAUUGUUUAGCUCAAGGCAAACAUGUUGAUGCACUCAAUGUUAUUUUGAAGAAUGCCCCAGUGGGAGCAAAGAAUGAAUCUGUUAAGGAUAGAGCGGUGCAGCUAGCAAUAAGAGUAUUGACCACCUUCAAGGCAGCAGAUAUUGACCAAGCUGUGAAGGGCCUUGAUAGCCGGUCCCUCGAUAUCCUCAUGAAGUACAUCUACAGAGGGUUUGAGUUCCCAUCAGAUGGAAGCCCUUGUGCAUCACUGCUUACCUGGCAUGAAAAGGUGUAUGCAGUGGGAGGCCCUGGAUGUAUUGUUAGAGUUUUGACAGACAGAAAACGAGUUUGAAAAUGAAUGGCCAUGCUAGUAUAUAAGAAAAGUAACUAAGUAAAGUAUUAAAUCUAUGCUGAAGGAAGUCUUUGAUAUUGAAUUAAUUUAGGGAAAGUUUGACUGGUAACUUUCAACAAUCCUUUUUUAUACCAUUUUACACCAGGGUGGGACUAAUGUUACAUUUACAUUGUAAUAAUUUGUUUAGGCAGAAGUGAAUAUUAUGUUAAAUAAUGCUUUUAUAAAAAAGAGUGCUUGACUUUAAAUAACCAUGUCAGGUCACAAUUGAUAAAUAGUUUAUUUGACCUUACCCAACACACAUUUCAAGGGAACACACAUUUCAAGGGAUGGGUAUAAAAAAAUAAAUAAAAUGGAAUGGCUUGGACAAAAAAGAUAUUUUUGAUGAAUCAAUGUUCACCAACCAGAGAAGCUUAAACAAAACUCGGAUCAUGUGUAUUUUUGUGAGUCGGUCAGGUUAGGUCAAACAAAUGGUUUUAAAUUGUGGCCUUAUUAAUGCUUUGUUUCAGUAUAAAAAUGUACAAGCAUCUGGUAAGGGCACUGAACAAUCUCAUCUUCAUGUGAUUUUAGAAUUAGGAAGUGCUAAUAAGAAGUACCAUUCCAUGUCACUGUGUUAGACAUUAUCAUUUACAAGUUUCAUGUAUUUAAAGCCAUACCAUGUGUACUUAUUAUUAUGCAAUAUGUUAUUAAUAACAUUAUAUAAUAAAAUUGGCAAAUUUA